GUUCGAGUAGUCAGUAGUCACAAGCUUCACCUGGGGCUCUGUAGUCGGUGCCAAUGCGCCUCUGAAGUCUCGUGGUCGGCUUGUUAUUUCGUGAAACUGUGACAGUGCAUCGACCAUCGAAAUCCUAAGGAAAAUCUGAAGAUAGGUUUAAAAAUGACCACACGCAUCUUUCGCGCGCACGGGGAGUUUUGUGCUUCCCACCCCUGGGAAGUUAUCGUAGCCACCCUUACGCUGACAGCAUGUAUGCUGACCGUCGACCAACAACACCCAGCGCCACCACCGAAGCCGGCAGUUCGAUACUGUGUUGGAUGCCUGAACGAGGCGGAAUACAAUGCUGCAGAUGUGAUUGUAAUGACCAUUAUCCGUUGUCUGGCAGUUCUCUAUUGUUACUACCAGUUCUGCAAACUCCAGAAACUAGGCUCGAAGUACAUACUAGGUAUAGCCGGCCUGUUUACUGUUUUCUCAAGUUUUAUUUUCACUACGACAGUCCUAAACAUUCUCCGGAUCGAUGUGGCGGAUUUGAAGGAUGCUUUAUUUUUCUUCCUCCUUUUGAUUGACUUGUCCAAAGCUGCCAUGCUGGCCCAAUUUGCGUUGAACGCGUCUAGUCAAACUGAAGUAAAAAGCAACAUUGCCAAAGGGAUGUCUCUGUUAGGACCCACCAUUACAUUGGACACUAUUGUGGAAACCUUGGUCAUAGGGGUUGGAACUUUAUCAGGUGUGCACCGACUUGAGAUGUUGUCUUAUUUCGCAUGUCUGUCUGUUCUGGUAAAUUACGUCGUAUUUAUGACAUUCUAUCCAGCUUGCCUAUCAUUAAUAUUAGAGUUGUCCCGGACAACAAUUAUUUAUGGUAAGAAGCAUUCAUUGAUAACGAAGACGUUCAAGGAAGAAGACCACAAAUCGAAUCCCGUAGUGCAAAGAGUGAAAUUGAUAAUGUCAGCAGGAUUAAUGCUAGUCCAUGCUCAUAGUCGAUGGCCAUUCAGGCAAGAGGAUGUUGACAACAUCAGUCCCUUAGUAGCCGAACAACACAUGACCCUAAAUCGUACUGAAGAAACAGCCUUGCAUGGAUAUAUUAUGAAAUGGGUCACUCUUAGUGCAGACCACAUAGUCAUUUUAAUUCUCCUGCUGGCGCUGGUGAUCAAAUUUAUUUUCUUUGAAAAUAAAGAGGACUUUGCCGAACAAAUCAGAGCUUCCUUGUCGGAGAGCUUAGAUAAAGAAAGCAGUGAAUUUAUACAAUUAAAUCAAGAAUUAAGAAACAAGUUCCCGCCUGCGAUGCCAUUUUUCAAACCAGCUGAGAAGUUCUUUUUGGGAAAAAACAUCUCUGACGACACAUCAGAAGUAGAAUUCGAAGAUAAAGAAGUACAAACCACUAAAUACGAAUCAGACGGUGACAGCUCUGCCUCAAGAGAUGAACAGGAAAUUUGCCGCAGUUUGCAAGAAUGUUUAGAAAUAUAUAACGACUCAGAUUUAGGGGCUGUUGCUUUAACAGAUGAAGAGGUUAUAUUAUUAGUCAAAAAUAAACACAUCGCUGCAUACCAAAUAGAAAAAGCCGUAGACGAUCCGGUAAGAGGUGUUGGGAUUCGGAGAAAAAUUUUAGGAAGUGACGGCAACUUUACGCGAGCCUUAGCAGACUUACCUUACAAAAAUUAUGACUAUGGAAAAGUUAUGGGUGCUUGCUGUGAAAACGUAAUUGGCUACAUGCCGGUACCAGUUGGUUACGCUGGACCAUUGCUUUUGGAUGGUCGAGAAUUAUUUGUACCCAUGGCCACUACAGAAGGUUGUCUAGUGGCUAGCACUAACAGAGGUUGCAGAGCUUUAAAGAAUUGUGGUGUGACUAGCAGUAUUGUUGGAGAUGGCAUGACAAGAGGACCUGUUGUACGAUUUCCCUCCCUUGUUAAAGCUAGUGCGGCUUUGAAAUGGAUGGAAAUUCCAGCGAAUUUUGAGUUAAUAAAGGAAAAGUUCGAUUCUAGUAGCAGAUUCGCCAGACUUACUAGAAUCCUGAUAAGAAUAGCCGGUAGAUAUCUAUUUAUUAGAUUUGUUGCCAAAACUGGAGACGCAAUGGGAAUGAAUAUGCUGUCGAAAGGCACCGAAUUAUCCCUAAAAUUUGUACAAACAAAAUUCCCAGAUAUGGAAAUCUUAAGUCUUAGUGGAAAUUUCUGCACAGACAAAAAACCAGCUGCAGUAAAUUGGAUAGAGGGUAGAGGAAAGUCGGUGGUUUGUGAAGCAAUAGUACCUGGAAAAGUAGUAACGACUGUCCUAAAAACGACAGUCCACGCUUUGGUAGAUGUAAACUAUUCCAAAAACAUGAUUGGAUCGGCAAUAGCCGGCAGUAUCGGUGGAUUCAAUGCUCACGCAGCAAACAUAGUUACAGCAAUAUUUAUAGCAACUGGUCAAGACCCUGCUCAAAAUAUCGGAAGCAGUAAUUGCAUGACACUAAUGGAACCUUGGGGUGAAAUUGGUGAAGAUUUGUAUAUAUCAUGUACAAUGCCGUCUAUAGAAAUAGGAACAAUCGGAGGAGGAACAGUUUUACCAGCUCAAGCUGCUUGCUUGGAAAUGCUCGGUGUGAAAGGUUCACACAUUGAAAAUCCAGGAGAAAAUGCCAGUCAACUCGCUAGGAUAGUAUGUGGAAUGGUACUUGCAGGAGAGUUAUCGCUUAUGGCUGCUCUUGCGGCGGGACAUCUUGUUAAAAGUCAUUUGAGACACAACAGAUCCACCACGAUUUUACCGGAUAACAUUCAUUUCAAAAACAGUCUUCCACAAAGCAAGGAUCAAUUACUUGUUCCUCCAUGUAAAGAUAAUUUCUAGGACUAUUAUUUAUUUAAUUAGAAUGUGUUAUUUUCAAGUGCAAAGUUUUGUGCCAGGUUUUAUGUAUAUUAUUUAUAAAUGGAAUAUAAUCUCAGGUUGAGUAAAUGUACAUUCAGAGUGGUUUCAGGCCAACACCAAUGCUAGUUUUUUUAUUAUCAUACAAGAUCCGAACAUAAAAAAUAGUAAAUUGCAUUCCUUGAUUAUGAAAAGUCUGUUAAGUAAAAACAAAUUUAUGUGUCGAUAGGGUUAUUCGAUUUGGUCUGAUUUUGAUAUGUAAUGGAGAUUCCAAACAGACUGUUCUAGUAUUUAAAUUUCUUUUAUAUUUAAAAUUAAUCACAACUGACUACUUAAUGUAAAAUAAUGAAUUGUUUGUAACAAUCGAAAAUUAAUGAAAAUAUUCCCACGUCACAUAUUACCACAUAGACUGAACUAUAUUUAAUAAACAAAAAUCGACAAUAACAUAAAUUUACCCAUAUUUUUUGUAUGUUCCCAUGUUUAAUUAAGUGUUGUAAUUUUUAUGAAUAUCUGUGAUGGUCAUUGGGGAUUUUGCAAGUGUAAUACCAAAAGGUGGCUUGUUUUAAACAAGCUGAAUCUAUAAUAAAACUGGUUCCAUAGUUUUAUGAGAUAUUUAAUUAUUGUAAAUAAACUAAUUUUGAAAUAA